UUGGCUCAAAAUCUACAAAAACAACUACAACCAAAUCAACCCUCACAAACUCAUCCGAAAGCUAAACCCAAACCCAUAAAUACAAUACAAGAAACUCAAUUUGGCAAACGCGCUACCAGUUUAAAGCGAAAAUCAAAAAAUACUGAGGUGCAUACGCCUGCUAAAAGAAGUUCAAAGGUUCCUUCUUCAAUGAGAAAAUCACAAUCUCUUGAUACUGAAAACUAUUCUCUCACAAGCAUACAAGCGCCACUCUGGGCAACUCUUACUAAUGCCAGGACAAUCAAUGAGAUUUCGCAAGACAACUAUUAACUAUCAAAAGUGCAGCUAAAGACAACUAAAAAGUUAUAAACCUUAAGGAAUCUUCUAUAUAUUAUUCUCGCAUACACUGUAUAUAAACUUGUUCAGUAUUUGUGUAUAUUUCCAUUAUUAUAGUAAUUUUAAAAUAGAAAUUGUACUUGUU